AUAUGGAUUACGCGCCACGUAUAAAAUCAGAAUCCUCCUGCCGCCUCGACCUGACGCAAGAGAAAAACCAACUAAACGGAACACAAAUAGAGAUACAAGUUUUUGUUUCUCGCUCCGUUUCUUCGGAGAUUUUCCCUCUCCGGCAUCAACCCCAAGAUGCCAGCUGAAAACUCAAUUCCAUAUGAUCGUGAUGCAGAGCCCUUUGUUGAGGUCGAUCCAACUGGAAGGUUUGGACGAUACGAUGAUCUUCUUGGGUCUGGAGCCGUAAAGAAAGUUUAUAGGGCAUUUGAUCAGGAGGAAGGAAUAGAGGUUGCUUGGAAUCAAGUUCGAUUGAGAAAUUUUAGUGGGGAUCCAGUGUUCAUCAACCGUCUGAGGUCUGAGGUUCAGCUGCUGAGCACUUUGAACAACAAAUAUAUCAUCGUUUGUUACAGUGUUUGGAAUGAUGAUGAGCAUAAUACAUUGAAUUUUAUCACCGAGGUGUGCACAUCAGGAAAUCUAAGGGAUUAUCGUAAGAAACAUCGACAUGUGUCAAUUAAGGCCUUGAAAAAAUGGUCAAAGCAAGUGCUCGAGGGAUUGGAUUAUCUUCAUACUCAUGAGCCUUGCAUUAUUCACAGAGACCUCAAUUGCAGUAACAUUUUUGUCAAUGGGAAUAUUGGCCAGGUUAAAAUAGGCGAUCUAGGGUUUGCAGCUAUAGUUGGCAGGAGCCAUGCUGCACAUUCAAUCAUAGGAACACCCGAGUAUAUGGCACCAGAGCUGUAUGAGGAAGACUACACAGAGAUGGUGGAUAUAUACUCCUUUGCAAUGUGUUUGCUCGAGAUGGUUACUAUGGAGAUACCAUACAGUGAAUGCGAUAGUGUUGCCAAGAUAUACAAGAAGGUAACAACUGGAAUUAAGCCCCAAGCAAUUACCAAAGUAACUGAUGCUGAAGUCCGAGCUUUCAUUGAGAAGUGCAUUGCACAGCCAAGAGCAAGACCAUCCGCUUCUGAACUUCUCAAGGAUCCCUUCUUCGACGAAGUCAGGGAUGAAGAUUCUGAACAGACUUCUUAAAGACAGGGUACUAGUACCAAGUACUGACUGACGAACACAAAAAAACUAAAAGUAUAUGGCACUCUUUUACCUACUGCAUUUCAGGUUGUAAUUGAUUUCUAGUUCAAUUGACUUGGCGUCAAUGCAAUGAAAUCUUUUAUUUCCACUUA